UGUCGCCGGGUGAUGACGUCAGUGUUUGGGUUUACGUUAUGGCGGCUCAUGCUAGCGAGCUUGAGGUUGCAAAGAAAAAUCUCACAGAUGCAAUUGGAGAUAAUGUCAAACAUUACUGGGCAAACCUGAAACUAUGGUUUAAACAAAAGAUCAGUAAAGAGGAGUUUGACGUUGAGGCCCGUCGUCUAUUGGCACAGGAGAAUGUUCAUGUUCACAAUGAUUUUCUCCUGGCCAUUCUCACACGCUGCCAGAUCAUCGUCUCCACACCUGAGGGCACUGGGCCAUUACUGUGGCAGGGUGGCUCUGCUUCAAAACCUGGCAAACCAAAAGGGAAGAAGAAAUGUUCCUCUAGACAGAAAUUUGAUCAUCGGUUCCAGCCGCAGAACCCACUGAGUGCCGCUCAGCCCUUCAGUCCACGAGAGACAGGAGGUGAGGAGGAGGAGCUGCGUCUCAGUGCUCACACUCUGCUGCUGCCCACACGAGGUCAGCUUGAGGCCCGGAUGAUGGUGACUGCAUUUGAGCUGGGCUUAGACAACAUAACAGACGAUGCCGUCGGCACCAUGGUCUAUGCUGUUGAGCACCACUUAAAAGAUGUCCUGACCGCUGUCAUAACCAGGAGGAAGGCAUAUCGCUUACGGGAUGGUCAUUUUCCUUAUGCGUUUGGCAGUGAUGUCACGCCACAGCCUUAUCUGAAAAACAGCUUGGCUGCUUACCAAAGUGUUAAUGAAUGUCCUCCUCCAAGUGCUUCCCUCCCUGCUGGUCCACCGCCUCAAGUAUCACCAGAUGAGGCUGAGCAACAAGCUGUCCACUUAUUGGCUUGUUCUGCUGACAGUCUUCCGGCACCCCUUUCUCCAAUCAGCCUGUUUGAUCUCCUGGAGGCUUUACAGGUUCACCAUGGUGUGAUGCCCUCCCACACCAUGUACGCCCUCAACAUGGAGCGCAUCCUGUCACGGCUGUGGCACCCCAGCCACGAAGAACUAGAGCAAGACCAUGUUCACCGGCAACGCCUCGCUGCUAAAGAAGGCGUGUACGUCAGCUGAGAGCUAACGGGACAGGACUGUAUAUAAACUUAACAUAUCAUCAGGAACCAGACAACAAAAAUGAAUCCUCAAACUGAAAAUGACACACAGCAGUGUGUUUAAAAAUGGAAAUGAUUUUAUUUUCACAGGUAAUGGAUGACUAUAGCAAGAUUAAAGGAAAUAGUUGCACAUUGGGAAGUCAGUUCAGGCUAAUAGGCAUUAGCUGGCAGCAUGUGUUGCCCAUCAGGCAUUUUGGCAGUUGACCAGUCAUCAAUGAGACUUCUGUCAUAAAAUGAGGAUCUAAUUGUGUUCAUGAUAAUAUUAGUGUUUCAAUUUAGAGCAGCUACAAGCAUUGGGCAAGAAAAGUAAGGUUCUGGCCCAGGUUGCGCAGUGUGUGCAAUUCAGCUUGUGGAAGUUUAUACCUCGUUUCUCACUGAAGUUGGGAAUAAUACAAUGAUUUGAACAGACGAAUAAGAAUGAUUAACGACGGAUAAAGUUCCUAUAAUGUUUUUUACAGGAAAAGCACAGGUGUUGCAGAUAACGUUAAUGACAACUUUGUUCUCUGGUAGUCGCUCUGUGACUGUGAGCCAGCAUGAACCCUGACUGAGGAAGCUAAUUGGAACUCGGCCGCAGCUGAACGAUUUUCUGCUAGAUAAUGCAAUUGCGGUUGGAUUUGUGGUAUAAUUUAGUAAAAAUCAUGGUUCAGUUCAAUAUUCAUUGUGCAACAUAUUUAUAAUGUUAUUGAGCUUUACCACGGGCACAGAUGACUUUACAGUUAUUGUUUCCAACAUGUAUCUUAUAU